AUGCCCGGCGAAGGCCCACGACCGCCCACCACACCGUCGCCGGCGCGGCUGCAGUUGCUGCGGGAGGGCGCAACAAAGGCGGCGGAGCGCCGGCUGCAGAUCGACAAUAUUACCUUCUCCACCGUUACUGCUGGUGCAUUCACACCAAUGAAACUUACCCUUGCCUCACCCUUCUUCUUGGAUCAUGGGAGUGUUUUCCGUGUGAGACAGUUCUUUGCUGCGUACAACUGCAAUAUUCAACGUUACUGUCGUGUAACAGCGCUCCAUAAGUGUUUGAAUAAAGAACGCUGUGAUGCCUCCUCGUCCACUGGCGAUGAUAGUGAAAAAAUAUUUGUUGCACAACUAAAAAUGCCUAUUGACGCCCGAUUUGGUGAGCGCCUUGCGUGCGGCAAGGCACCCACAAAAAGAGAGGCAAUUGCGCUUGCAUGCAUGCAUGCAGAGCUCAUCGUUGACGCCCUUGGACUUGCAUUAUAUCCUUCGAGCAGAGAACAACAAGAGGCCCACGUGGAGGAAUGCCGCAAGGUGAACCGCUGGUGCGCCGCUCCUGGUGAUUGUGACUAUCACUACACGAAGGCAUCACCGCCUCCACUGCAGCUCGUCAAGUCGGCUGCUGGUAUGACAGCGGCAGAGGCAGACCCCACUGCUUCGCUGGAGGCGGCUCUUGUGAGUCACACAAAGGCCAUUAACAGCUUCAAAAAUGUUACUGAGGUAAAGGUACUUGUCCCAUCUACACGACGCGAUUUUGUUGAGUAUAUGACACAACAUCGGACGAGCGCCCAAGAUGCAGGCUCGCCGUUUUUUGUGGAGGCGCUUGGUGUGAAGGGCCACGAAGUCUAUCGUGCAACUGUGACGGUUCCAGUUCCGGUGGUGACUGCUGAUUCUGGUACUGAAGGUACUGCCACAGUAGACACCAAUAAGGCUGUCUUCUCUUCAUUUGUAGCGAUUGGCAUUGGGACAACAGAGAUGGAGGCUGAAAUUGCCGCCUCGAUGCACGUCUUCAGUGUCCUAGAGCUGCUCAACCGACCCGUGCUGGGUAGUGCCGCUCACAACGACGAGGGGAAGUCACAUCGGAAUCUCACGUGCGAUACGGAGCUGCCGCCACCCUACCGCUAUGUUGUUGCCCACCUCGGGCGGAUCAUGGUGCCUGGUCUUUCGCCUGUAAGAGGCAUUGGCUUUUCACCUGCUUCGGAGCAGCGACGUGGCAUGGCCUCGGAGAGUCAAGAGGCGCGACUUCGCAGCGCACGGGCGGAGUUGCCGCGGAGCGACUGGUCUCUGGAUGCCGAUGCGGAGGGCUGCAUCAUUGUAAACCCCAGUGUCACUGCUCAGGAGGGACGCAACUACGUGCACACACUUCCAUCUGUGCGACAAGCAGACCGAUUCGCAACGGUCCGGUUGCGGGACUUCUUGGAGCGCCACGGUAAGAGGCUAGAAAGUGCUGUGACAACUGCUGUUGUCGGGACCGAUGAGGGACUAAAGCGGUGGGUGAAGAAGGUCUUCCUGCCUGUGCCCGAAUCAUUUGGUUGCGUAGAAGCACACGGAGAAGCCUACACUGAAGAGGAGGCAUUGAUAAUGUGUGCCGUCCACGCAGAGCUUCUGCUCGAUGAGAUUGGUGUUGCGCUCUACGACCUCGCCCUUCUGCAGGCGAAACACUGUGAUGUCGCCAGGAUGCUGGGACGUUGGGCUCCGUACGAAACGAAGGCUAGACGGCAAGUUGCGUGUAUUCCUCCACCAGUGCGAAAGGAGCAUGCGGACUCAUGCCUGUGGGCGCGGCUGUCGAAGGAGUCAAUGAAGACACCUACAAAUUCUCUCUACGAAAGGGAAAAAGGCUCGUCGCCGACAACGCAUGCACACAAGGAAUGUGACACGACGACGACACGAGUAGAAACAGGGAAAACAGGAACAAAUAAUCUCACCGCUAAUACCACGGCUACAAUCACCGCUUCUGUUGGGGAGAAGUUGACGGACGAUGUGCUCUGCGACUUGGCGGGACUAGUGCCUGUGCAUCCCUCGGAGUUCUUUCGGCAUGCUCCUCGUAUCCUUGACAAUUACUGUAAGAGGAAGGGUGUGGAUGUGUCCCGCAUCAUGCGGCAAUACAACGUCAGCAGCCCCACCUACGGGUUUGUUCAUCGAGCUAUCAUGGAAAUUCCCCUUCCGCAACAGUUCGGCCGACGCUAUGCGGUGGCAUGUGCUUCUUCAAAAAAAGACGCCUUUACACUGUGCUGCAUGCAUGCUGUCCUCACGCUCGGGGAGCUUGGGGUGCCUGUCUACACAGGGGCGAAACAGGCGGAGUACGCCGCCGUGGCGCAGUCAAGGGGCCGCUACGCUCCGAGACCUGGAGAUCCGUUGAAGCCCGGCAACACCAAGUCUCCGCAGGGAUUGAAGAGUCUACCGGAGGUGCGCAUGGAAAAGCCCCGAGCGCCGAGCCCGCCGGAUCGUGCAGCAUGCCGCAAGCCGUUUGUGUGGGGCAGCUACGUGACAGCUUGCCGUGGGUUCAUCAAGCAGCUGGAGGAGCAGGUCGUGUUCGAUGCCCUCUUCACUCAAGGGAGAGCGCCACGUAGUGGCGUGGAUGUGGAGGAUGUCGGACUCGACGUUGUGGAGGCGUUACCGCUCUUCGCCAACGUGAAAAGUAAGUUGCCCCAGAAGUGUGCCGCCGCCGGACUGCCGCCGCCACCGUCCAUGGCGUUUCGCUUUGAGGUGCACGGGCGGCCGCCGCACCGCCGCUACCUUGUAGAGCAGCCUGUGCUUGGCACCCCGUAUUUUGCGCGCGGGAUGGGCGCGGAGGGCCAUGAGGCCGUUACGCGAGCGGCAAUGCACUACGAGUAUAUCGUCGGCACCACGAGUUCUACACAACGGGGAGUAGGUGAGGCGAAGACAAUGAUAAGACAACGUCAGAGUGAUCUCUUUGAUGCCGCCCUUCGUGACUUUACGCCGCGUGGGAAGCUUUCGAUCAUGACGCUUUACACUACAUUGCGUGCCCCCUUCGUGCCGCUUCGUCUCUCGCUGAAGGAGCGCGGUGGUGUGACGGGGACGCAGACGGUGUUUGUAUCACUCGUUGAAAUGGAGGAUGAGAGCGGGUUGCGCAUGGCAGGAAAGGGUGAGGACCGUGCCAAUGCGGAAGAAGCGCGGAACAGAGCAAUUGCCGAGCUUUACAAGCAGUUACAGCGCAAGUCCGCGUUCCAGGCGGUUGCGCAGUUGGUGCAGACACACCCGGCCCUGCGUACAGAGGGGGCCGCGCAUCUCGUCACCGAAGAGAAGACUUUGACGGCGCUGCGGUUGUUGUUGAUGGAGCAAAAGCACGUGCUAUCGCCGCCACCACUUUUGCAAUCACCUUCAGAGUUUUUGGAAUGUGCAGGUGCAGCGAGCCUUCUCCGUGUAGGCGCGUCACAUUUGAAUUCCACGGAGCUGCGCCUGCUCUUCGACGCGGUGGAGCAUGCGCUUGGAACAGCAACUUCAGCCUCUGCACUCACGUUGCCUGCCGGUGUUCGGAAUCUACUGAGCACCAUGGGGCUCACCGUCGCAGGUGCCACGGUGCCGGGAUUGAAGGAUAAUGAUGUGGAAGUAACUACAGUAGGUGUGGUUGCGGCAUUCUUUGCGACGUGUCUGCCGCCACUUGAUGUGCGGAAAGGGUUGCCUCACACAACAAGUGGUGCUCUCCCACUGCAACUAGCCAAACUCCUCCUUGUAGGUUCUUUACUGAACUGCCAACAUCUCUGCAUUCGCGUGGCUGCUCUGGUGCUGUCCUCGGUGAAUGAGGAUGAAGAUCAGGAGUGCUCCGGGGGUGAUGUGCUGGAGUUUGUGGCCCGCGCGCUGCCACCCGGGGCGCGGCGGUUUGCCAGUACCAUUGCAGCGCGACUGGAGCAGCUCACGACCCAACUGAAGGAAAAAGUACCGCCGUCGAGCGCGCUGGCGGCGUUUGCGGCGGCUUCGCAUGUGAGUGUAGAUGAUAAUACGUGGGGUACACUGCAGAAAGAGAUGACGCUGAGCGAGCAUGCACGUUUGCGCCUUGCCAUUGCCUUUGCCACGUUCCCAAAAGUACUGGUGCAACGGAAGGCUUCUGUUGACAACGUGCUUCGGCUGAUUACAGUGGAAUCAAAGGACCAGCAGCGAACAGAGCGCGUUGUUGUGCCCCAGGCUUUGGCUGAGUCCUCGGGCACUUCAAUGCCUUCAACUUGCUCGUCCUGUUGCUACUGCACUCUCCCCUGUUUUUGUGCCUUUGAUGGGGCUACACGGCAUGGCGGUGAUGCGGAGAAGUCACCCGCCUUGGGGACUUUUCUGCCGCCGUGUGGUCUCCUGUUGGCCAGUGCGCUGUGUGACGAGCCACGUAUGGUGACUGUAGCAGACGAUGUGCCGAACGUGGCUCUGGUGGACGGCUUCCUGCCUGUUGUGAUGCGUGCGCCAGAGUUUCUCACCACACUGGUUGAACUGCGCCUUUCUCUGAGGUGGCACUGGGGCGUGCUGAGGCCGAUGCCGGCGGCCGUGCAGAGCGCCGUGGACGAGCUGCUGCUGGCGAGGCACUCGCUGUCACACGUUGCCCAGGCGACGCUGCUUGAGUGA